AUGUUUUUUCAUCGAAUGAAUGGUGCUGCACGUUCACACGGUCCAGUGGAUACUACACUGUAUGAUAUUUUAAAAGUAAAGCCAACUGCUACCGAAGAAGAAAUUAAAAAGUCAUAUCGUCAUUUGGCAAAAGAGUAUCAUCCCGAUAAGAAUCCUGCCCAUGGGGAGAGAUUUAAAGAAAUAUCGUUCGCAUAUGAAGUGCUAAGUAAUCCAGAUCGGCGAGUUGUUUAUGAUUCCCGAGGUCUUGAUGGUGUCAAAGAAGGAGGAGCCAAUACUGAAGAUAUAUUGUCAUCGCUAUUUGGUGGUAGUCCGCUUUCAUCAUUUUUUGCUAGCACUGGAGGAGGAAGGCGAAGAAAAAUGCGGGGUCAAGAUAUGGCUCACCAUUUAAAAAUAUCACUGGAAGAUCUUUACAAUGGGAAAAAAUCCAAAUUACAACUGUCUAAACGUGUUAUUUGUAAUUCUUGUCAUGGCCGUGGUGGAAAAGAAGGUGUAUCUUACGAUUGUCCUGAUUGUCAUGGAAUUGGGACUAAGAACGUGAUAAGAAAACUUGGCUCCGGCUUGAUUCAGCAAAUGCAGAUGGAGUGUUCAGAUUGCAACGGAACAGGUUCAAAAAUACCAGAAAAAGAUCGUUGUAAGAACUGUAGAGGCGAAAGAACUGUGAGCGAAAAAAAAAUGCUGGAAGUUACUAUUCAAAAAGGAAUGCGUGAUGGGCAAAAGAUUUGUUUUAGAGGAGAAGGCGAUCAGGAACCGGGAAUUGAACCAGGUGAUGUCAUAAUCGUCUUGCAGUCUAAACCGCAUGAUGUUUUUCAAAGGCAACGAGAUAAUUUGUUCAUGGAAAAGAAGGUGUCAUUAAAUGAGGCUCUUUGCGGUUGUCAAUUUUUGGUCAAGCACUUAGAUGGUAGAGAGCUUUUAAUAACUACUCGUCCUGGUGAUAUUCUGGAACCAGAUUGCAUUCGUGGAAUUCGUGGCGAGGGAAUGCCUGUUCCGGAUAAUUCAGGAAUGCGAGGAAUUCUUUUUGUGAAGUUCAGCAUAGUUUUUCCAGAGGACCACUUCUUUGCCGAAGAAGCAGAUUACAAGAAUAUUCUAGGUUCAUUUGCAAUCAAAGUUUAUGUAACUAGCGAUAUUUUUAUAUAG